UAUCUUUUAUCAUAUCUCAACACGUGGUUCUACAAUGUCUAAGAUAAUAACGUAAAACCAAUUCCAGAUAAUAAAAGCAAGUAUUUGAAUUAUGCCGAAGGAAAGCAGAGUCUCACCAUUUGUGAAACAAUGCUUCGUGACAUGUACAGUGGGACUGAACAUAGUGGGUACAGGCUGCGUGCUUGGCUACCCAGCCAUCUUGUUGCCGCAGCUACAAAGCCCCGAGUCUACCAUCACGAUCUCAAGCCAGGCUGCCUCUUGGAUAGCAUCUAUAACGGCCGUUAUGAUGCUGAUCGGGAGCUUGGUUGUCGCUCCAAUAAUGGAUCGCUUCGGCAGAAAGAUUGCCCAUUAUGCCGUCACCUUGCCAGCCAUCGUGGGAUGGGGUAUCAUAAUUGUCGCUAACAAUUUUCCAACUAUUUUCAUCGGAAGAAUCCUGGGAGGAUUAUCCUUCGGCAUGCUCUUCUCCCUGCGUUCAGUCCUUAUCGGCGAAUAUACGAGCCCCAAGAACAGAGGAGCCUUCUUGACCACGGUGUCCCUCACACAAGCAUUUGGUAUAUUCUUCGUACACCUAAUCGGAUCACUCAUGACAUGGACGAUGACAGCCGUCGUCUGCGUAUUAUUCUCUAUAGCUAGUCUCAUCAUGAUAUUCUUUUGUCCGGAAUCGCCAAGCUGGCUAGCUUCCCGUGGUAAAUACGACGAAUCUAGGAAGGUGUUCAGAUGGCUUAGAGGUAACGAAGAAGAGGACGAAUUGGAAGAAAUGAUUCAAGCAAGAAUUCUGAUAAGAAAAGCUAAGACGCCUGAAAAUAAAAAGAUCAACAGAUUCCGAAGAAUGCUAAUAACCAUAAGAAAGAAAGAAUUUUAUAAGCCGAUCACUCUGAUGGUUCACGCUAAUAUUAUGGUUAAUUUUGCCGGUGGAACAAUAAUGGCCGCUUAUUCCACUGUGAUACUGGGCCUAAUGUUAGGUCCAGAGGCUAACGUACAUUUCUGGAUGAUCGUGCUGGACACCCAAAGGAUAAUAUUUAACGCUGGUGCAAUCUACGUCAUAAAUAAGACGAAGAGACGUACUAUGAUGUUCCUAACAGGAGGUCUAUGCGUUUUAAGCUCCUUAGCUAUAGCUCUAUACGCUUACAUGAAGGACCAAGGUUUAAUGACGUACAAUUCUCUCUGGAUACCGGUGAUUUUGAUAAACGUUAAUUACUUUACUGUAGCAACAGGCAUGGUACCAUUACCGAACGUCAUAGCGGGGGAAGUGUUCCCUCUGGAAUACAAGAGUAUAGCCGGGAUGAUCAGUAUUUGGGCGGCGGCAGCGUUUAUGUUCACAGCUCUCAAGACAUUCCCCGGUUUAAUAGAAGGUGUCGGUCUACACGGCACGUAUGUGGUCUACUCGGCAAUUUUGUUUUACAAUUUAGUGGUAAUUUGGUUCUUACUGCCAGAGACAAAGGGUCGUACUUUGCAAGAGAUCGAGGAUGAGUUUAGAGGGAGGCCGCUCGCACGUGAGGAGAGAGAAGCGAGGAUGUCGUUGGAGAUGGAUCCGAUAGUCGCUUUUAAGAGAAAAGAGUCUGAGAGAAGAUGUAGUGUUCCGUUACUCAGUUGAAAUCUGUUU